AUGGGAGCAGAUAACCAGACUUGGGUGAGAGAAUUCGUUCUCCUCGGCCUGUCCAGUGACUGGGACACUCAGGUGGGUCUCUUCAUCCUGUUCUCAGUCACUUACCUGCUGACCCUGCUGGGGAACGUCCUCAUUGUCCUUCUGAUCAGACUGGACGGCCGACUCCACACUCCCAUGUAUUUCUUCCUCAGCAACCUCUCCCUCAUGGAUGUCUCCUACGCCACGAGCAUCGUUCCUCAGAUGCUGGCGCACUUCCUUGCGGAACAUAAAGGGGUCCCCUAUGUGAGCUGUGCGGCUCAGUUAUUCUUCUCCCUGGGCCUGGGGGGGACUGAGUUUGUUCUCCUGGCCGUGAUGGCCUAUGACCACUAUGUGGCUGUGUGCGACCCCCUGAGAUACCCGGUCAUCAUGCACGGAGGGCUCUGUGCUAGGCUGGCCGUCACAUCCUGGCUCAGUGGCUCUGUCAACUCGCUCGUGCAGACCACCAUCACCUUUCAGUUGCUCAUGUGCGUGAACAAGUAUAUUGAUCACAUAUCCUGUGAAAUCCUAGCUGUGGUCAGGCUGGCCUGUGUGGACACCUCCUCUAAUGAGGUGGCCAUCAUGGUUUCUAGUAUUAUGUUGCUGAUGACACCUUUCUGCCUGGUUCUCUUGUCCUACAUAAGGAUCGUCUCCACCAUCCUAAAGAUCCAGUCCACAGAGGGGAGAAGGAAAGCCUUCCACACCUGCGCCUCUCACCUCACAGUGGUUGUCCUGUGCUAUGGCAUGACCAUUUUCACUUACAUCCAGCCCAAUUCCAGCCCUUCUGUGCUUCAGGAGAAGCUGAUCUCUGUCUUCUAUGCCAUUUUGAUGCCUGUACUGAACCCCAUGAUUUACAGUCUAAGGAAUAAGGAGGUGAAAGGGGCCUGGCAGAAGCUUCUAGGACAAUUAUCUGUAUUAACGUCAAAAGUGGCGACUUGA